UCUAGUGCACUGUUUCUUUAAGAGCUCCGGCAGUCACGUGACAGUUCAACAUGGCGUUGCGCUGGAAGAGUUUGUUGCGCUUUCGGUCAACAACACGGCCGCUGAUCAUCUUCACCUUCUGCCUGACUGUCAUCCACAGCCUGGGGGACGAUGUGGACAGCUGUGAUAAACUGCGGCUGGGACAGUAUGUGUGUAAAGAACCCAAAAUAGAUGAUGCGACUCAAGAACCAGAAAACUGCAAGGACCGGUUGGCUUGGGUGGAAUGUCUACCUGCUCCAAACAUGAGCUGUCGGCUGUCAAAUGGAACGCAGUUUAAAUUCAGCGGUGAAGAGGUUGGGUUUAACAAAAGCAUCCCAUGUCGAAAUGUGAGUGGUUACUCAUACAAAGUAGCUGUUGCGCUGUCACUCUUCCUGGGAUGGAUUGGGGCGGAUCGGUUCUACUUGGGAUAUCCAGCCUUGGGCCUGUUGAAAUUCUGCACUGUGGGGUUCUGUGGAAUUGGAAGCUUAGUGGACUUCAUGUUGAUAUCCAUGCAGAUCGUGGGCCCAUCAGAUGGGUCGGAUUACAUUGUGGACUACUACGGGGCACGCCUCACUCGUCUUUCGAUAACAAAUGAGACCUACAGAAGAACGCAGCUCUCUCAGUGAAGACACCAGGUGGAUCCCAGUGAGAUGACCCACCAAAUGUACAUCGACCAUCUUUUCUUUGGACAUGCCUUUGCCGUUUCCAAACACAAAGACACAUGGAUGUGCCAAACAACGCUCUGGGAAAGACUAGCCCAUGUCUGGAGUUGCAAACAUGGCUCAUGUAUGUGCUGAGCUAGCAUUGGUCCCACUGCUCCAAGUUCUGCUAGGAUCCUUGUAUAGCUGUUUUUUUCCACUGGACUGCUCAUGUCCUCUAUCACUCUCUCUCCAUUUCUCCAUUAAUCAAUCUCUUGAAUGUCAUCCAUCUUUUGUUUAUUUUCAUUCCUGUCCUCACUAGCUUCACAUUGUUGGACAUUGUGUGAUGUUUUGAUGUUAUUUAAACACUGUAAAUAAAGUUUUAUUAUCAUUUUCUGUGCUG